AUUCAUUGAUCAUUACGAUUGCUCUGACUGAUUUAUUGUCAUUUUUGUUUUUUAAUAAUCAAAAUAAAAAUGAUACAUAACAUAUUUUUCGACAUAAAAGCACGAAAAAGUAAACAAAAAGAAAUGACUACCAAAUAUCAGAUCAGAUCUAUGAAUCCAUAUGCCAAACAUGCAUUAUCAUCAUUGCCGAAAAUGAAAUUUUCCGAAAAAUUUACAACUUCAUUAUUCAAAGUAAAAAUAUUCGAUUCAAGUAUCGUUGUUGGUAAUGGUAUCAAAUCGGUAUGGCUUGUAGCCGAUCGUUGGGGAAUGAAAUUGUUGCUCAACCCAUACGAUACACGGCAUGCAUUUAGAAUCUGGCUCUGGAAAUUAGAUUGCUAUCGACUUGAAUUUCGACCCGAUUCCAAACGAUCAUUGUAUGUACGAAAUUUUUCAUCAAGAUUUGAAAUAAAAUUACAAUUCAUCGAUACAGGUGCUCGUUCACGUUUUCUGUGUCAAUGUGAAAAUCUUUUCCUGAUUCGACGAUUUGAAAAGAAAAUUUCUGCACCCUCAAACAAUCGAUUUGGGAAGAAAAGUUUAUUCAAAAAGAAGAAAUUCUUUCAUUUUAUGACCAACUUUUUUUGUGGCUGUUUUUCGAUAAUGUUUUCACGUCAUUAUAUCAACUAUUAUUACGAACCAAUGUUUAGUCCAUUUGAACAGAUAAAUCUUUGAAAUUAGACCUGUCCAUUAAUCAGUUAUUCGUUUUGAUUGAAUUUUUUUUCCAUGUUAUUGAUUGAAAUAAUCUAUUGUGUUGUUUGACUAAUAAAUGUUUGAGUAAAUA